CUCUCUCUCUCUCUCUCUCUCUUUCUAUCAUACUGGUCAUCCUCAACCUUCCCGCCUGGAUUUGGGCUGUAAACGUAUGGGUUGGUGAUCGGGAGAGGACAGGGGAUUUCGUCAUGGCCGUGGCUCUGGAUGCGGUGUGGUUGAGGGUGAAGAACGUGUGCAAACAGAACGGACUCCUCAUCCUGUCAGUGCUGGCUGUGGUCAUAGGGUGCCUGCUGGGCUUCUUCCUCCGGACCAAGCGCCUUACAGAGCAGGAAGUGAAAUAUUUCCAGUUUCCCGGUGAGCUGCUGAUGAGGAUGUUGAAGAUGCUGAUUCUUCCUCUUGUCGUGUCCAGUUUGAUGUCGGGGCUGGCCGCCCUAGAUGCCAAGUGUUCCAGUCGAUUGGGUCUGAUUACAGUGUCCUACUACCUGUGGACCACUUUUGUGGCGGUGGUGGUGGGGAUCAUCAUGGUGUCCAUUAUACACCCUGGGGGAGCAGCCCAGAAAGAAGACUCGGAGGACAGCAGCAAACCCAUCAUGAGCUCCGCCGACGCGCUGCUAGACCUCAUCCGAAAUAUGUUUCCAUCCAACUUGGUUCAAGCUACAUUUCAACAGUAUCGGACGAGUAGUAUAUCCAUUCUGAAACCCAAGCCUACUGUGAGCCAAUCAGAGUCCACCACUCGCCGAGCACUCAUCUACGGUAUCCAGGACGACAAUGGAACAGACAUUCAGAACUUUGCCCUCGACCUGACCCCGCCCCCAGACGUGUUGAUCCGCACAAAACCAGGAAACAGCGAUGGAAUGAACGUCCUUGGGAUUGUCAUCUUCUCAGCCACCAUGGGAAUCAUGCUGGGAAGGAUGGGUCCCAAUGGUAGUGCAUUGGUAAACUUCUGCCAGAGCUUGAACGAAGCUGUCCUGAAAAUUGUCGCCAUCGUUAUAUGGUACUUUCCAUUUGGUAUUGUGUUCCUUGUGGCCGGCAAGAUCUUAGAGAUGAGUGAUCCCUCAGCCAUGGGGAAGAAGCUGGGCUUUUACGCUGUCACCGUGGUGUUUGGCCUGAUUCUCCACGGCCUAUUCAUCUUACCAGCCAUGUACUUCUUCAUCACCAAGAAGAGUCCCAUUGUGUACAUAAGAGGAAUCCUUCAGGCGCUACUCAUUGCCCUGGCGACCUCCUCCAGCUCUGCCACUCUGCCUAUUACCUUCAAGUGCCUCCUUGAAAACAACCACAUUGACAGGCGCAUCAUCCGCUUUGUGCUCCCUGUGGGUGCCACCAUCAACAUGGACGGCACCGCCCUGUACGAGGCGGUGGCGGCCAUCUUCAUCGCCCAGGUCAACAACUACGAAUUGGACUUUGGCCAGAUCAUCACCAUCAGUAUCACUGCCACAGCUGCCAGCAUUGGUGCAGCAGGCAUCCCACAAGCUGGACUAGUCACCAUGGUGAUAGUACUAACAUCAGUCGGCUUGCCAACUGAUGAUAUCACUCUCAUUAUUGCAGUGGACUGGGCGUUAGAUAGAUUCCGGACCAUGGUGAAUGUGAUGGGGGAUGCUUUGGCCACUGGUAUAAUGGCACACAUUUGCAGAAAGGACUUCAUUAAAGAAGGAGAUGGGGUACCCCUGAUCUGUGAGACCAAGCCCAUGAUCAACAUCCAGCAGCUGAUGAACUGUCAGAACAACAACGGCAGCUACCAGCCUCCUCCUCCGGGGGCCAAGCUUGAGCACAUACCCCCAGACGUGGCCCGACUCAUGCAGCUCGAGGAGGGUGUGCGGCCCCCACCCCCUCCAGAGAGGAAAAAGCCCCCGGUGCCACCCAGGCAGCUGAAGAAAGACAAGGAACACUGUGCCAUAGACAUGAAUGGCCUGGAGACCAAUGUAUAGCCCUGUCAUCGUCGCUGCAGUAUCACUGCUUCCCCAGCAGGACCAAGCGUCAGUUCAGGCUCACCAGAACAAGGGAUGACAACCUCACACCAGAAAAGGACCUGGAUGAAGAAGAUUGGAUGGAUAUCAUCUUAUUUAUGGUCGUAGAUGUUUGAAUGAUUGGUCAAAUGCUUUUUUUUAUGCUGUUUUGUAAGUGUGUGUGUUUGGUAUAAUAGGUGGCAAGGCUUCCUUCUAGGCUUGUUUGGAUAGUGGCCAAAUAAAGUGUAGGGGUGGGGAUUGUGGGCUGCCCUUCAGCCUGGCAAUGAUUGCUGGUGAAGACUUGAGAGUCAUUGACAGGACACAUUAAGUGCUAUAUCAACAGAUUUUCAGGGGCCAAAGACAGGCACAAAGACUUUAGUUGACAUACUUUGUCUCCAAAAUGCUAAGCAAGUUCUAAGCAACACCGUUACAAACUAUCAUUAACACCGGUAGGAGGUUUUUGAAAGGACAUAACUGCAUGAACUUCCAGGUACAAACACACGCAAGGACACGCAUAUACACACUCACAGUCGCUCAUUCCUUCCCACACACACAAACAUACAGCGUUCCUCAGACCUAUACAUAUUUGUAUUUAUAUUGUUUUAAGGUAGAUUUGUCUUUGGUAUUUACAUUUUAUAUACUUUCUUGUGCAACAUGUCUGAUAGUGCAUAUUGUCCAUGUACAUUCAGCUUGUGGCUUUAUGUAUGGCUAACAGGCCACUGCAUGUGUCAUACACCAGAACAGGGCAGAGAGAAAAACCAAGAUGUCCGACUUGAGACAUUGUUUGAUCUGUAAGAAACCUGCCCUCAUCCUGGAUAUUUAUUCUGCCUUAACAAAGCUAGUGGUGUUAGGCUGAUGUCUUCAAAGGAAGAGGAUCCGAAGACAAUCGAAAAUCACAUCCCAGUAAACCAGUUAAGAUGCAGCCUGCGUAUCAUACAAGAGCUUACUUUUUUUUACAGGGGGAAAGGUAUCCCUGUGUGUGUCUAAACUGACAUUGCAUAAGUAUUUAUUUUUUCUAUUUUGAAGAUUUAAAAAGAAAUGUAUAGACUAUAACGUUCAUGUUGUGUAAUAUGAAUGCAGUUCAUAGCUAGGCUGCCUGCUAUUUAUCUCGCUUUGUAUCUUGGUUGACAUGAAGGCAGAUCCAUUGAAUAGAUUUAUGUUUAUGUUAAAUGCUUCAUUAGUGUGUCUGUUCAAGGAACUGAAAAUUUUAUGGAACAAAUGACCUGUUUUUGACAAGCAUUAGCAUUAAAACUGGACUGUAACACAUUCUGAGGGUCUUGGAUUGGUUAAGCUCCAAGUAUUUCAUUUUCAGUUACACAUUUGAUCUUAGCAAGAUGGGGAUUUUUCUCCCAUGUAUUUUUGCCACUUCAGUACAUGAACGAUUUAGGCUGUCCUUCACAAGACCUCUCUCAAGCGUAACAAAUUACCUCAUGUGGUGCUGCUUAUGAUGAAAAGGCAAAUUAUGUACACCUUUUUAAUAAGCAGUAACUGAACAUCAUUUGUGAGUUAUAGUUUCUUCAACAUGUUAACCCCUAUUCUACCAUCCUUCUUCUGAUUUCUCACAACUUUCCUUUAGAUUUGUCUAUUGUAACAGUAGCAUUGAUGGGCCAGAGUAGGAAGGAAAAUAUCAUACAUAAAAUGUUAUCCUUGGCAAUUUUUGAAGAUAAAUAUCAGUUCCCUGUGGAUAAAAUAUCAAGAAAACAUAGGUCCGUAAUGUAAUGGCAAUCUUCUGAGUUUUUUUCUUUUCAAGAUAUUUGGGGGCCAAGCAGCGAAGCUGCGAAGCCACCUAUUGUGUUUCUACCUUUUAUUAUUAUUAUUGGGGGGCAAGCAGCGAAGCUGCAAAGCUACCAAUUGUGUUUCUACCUGUUCUUUUUAUUAUUACGCAUCUUCUUCUCCUCCCAUUGGAGUCUAUGGCAGCCCCAAAAACCAUAUGGUAAAAAGUUGUGAAAUUUGGCACAGUCAU